CAGCCAGGACUAGGGCAGCCCAGCUUUGCCCAGGAGCCCUUCUCCUUCUCUCCCCUUCUCUCCCCCUUUCCCUUGGUCCAGCAGACCCCAGGCCAGCAUUUUUGGGUUUCAAUCCCCAACCCUAGCCAUCCUUUUUCAUUUCCCCUUCUUUUCUUGCUCCCUUCCCACCAUCAUCACCAGGCAUCCAGCCACACACUGAAAAAGGAGACAAGAUUUGCUUUCAUUGGGGGGGGGGGUUCUUUCUCCCCCCAAAGAACCCCUUGCUCUCUCCAAACCCCAGUCUUCAAGGGCAGAGCUUCCUUCUUCUUUUACAUUUUUAGCUCUAGCCAUCCUUUUUUCUCCCCCCUCCUCACUUUCCAUCACAAUUCCCAACACACUGGAAAAGGCAAUAUUUGCUUUCAUUGGGUUUCACCAAAAAAAACCCAAUCUCUCAUUCCUGCCACACUUUUUCUUUCCCUAAUUUUCCCUCAACUUUAAACUUCGUUGAACAUUUCCUUUGCCUUCAUUGGGGGGGUCUUAUUCCCCUAAAAAAAACACCCCAAAUCCUAGUCCCUCAUUUCUUCCACCUUUUUUCUUUCCCUCCCCAAUUUUCCCUCUACUUCAAAUUUCUUUUAACACAAAAACCCCCUUCAAAACCCUAGUCCUUCAUUCCUUCCACUCUUUUUUCUUUCCCUCUGCUUCAAAUUCAAAAGGAAAAGCUGCAAAGGACAAUAUUUUCCUUCAUUGGGGGGUCUUAUUUUCCCCCCACUCCACCCAAAAAACCUCCCCCAACCCAAGCCUUCUUUCUUUUGACUCUUUUUUCUUUCCCUCCCCAAUUUUUCUCUUCUGCUGCAAAAGCCAAAGGAGCUUCUUUUGGCCUCAGACACGUGUUGGCGCCUUCACACAAACCUCAGGAGCAAAGUUGAGUGUUUGGGGAAAAACCUGAAGGGGCUCUUUUCUUCUUCUUCUUCUUCCCCUCAACUUUUCCCCUCUUUCUUUCUCUCCAGAGCCGCUUACCUCUUUCUUCUCUUCUUCCUGCAGAGUCCUGACUCAACUUAGAGCAAAUAGUAUUCAUUUUUGCACUUGGAAACCUGUGUUUUUUGGGUUGCAAAGGCCCUUGGACCACCCUUGAGAUGAUGGACAAGCCAGGCCACCAAGGUGGGCUCCUUUUCACCCUCAGACUCCACGAAAUGGAGUUGGUUUUGUGAUUUUGGAAAUUUGGGGGGGGAUCCUCUCCCUUCAUCCUUGGAGAAAGAAAGAAAGAAAGAAAGAAAGAAAGGCGCUUCUGCUUCCUUGGCCUCCAAAAAGAGGUGGGCAGUCCUGAAACCUCUCUGCCUGGGAGUGAAUUACUCAGUGGCAUCCAUUGUGGAAAUGAGGUAGACUCUAUUGAAGGCGGAUGGAAAGAAGCAAGCCUAGAGUGCGGAUUCAGGCAGGAGAAUGGCAAGCAUCUUGUGAGACCAGAUGCUGCUACGAUAACCGAGCAAGAUCUUUGGGCCAACUGGAGGCGCAAUGGUCCCCCUGUGCUGGUGCUGCCCGCCAGCACCUGCCCAAGCUGUGGCGGCCAUGAGUGGCACAUCCACACCCUCCUACCACUUCAAAAGUUUCUGUGGGGAGUUUGAACGGGUGGAAAGUGCUCUGGAACGCCUGGAGGCCAGCGGAUUCUACUGGGGCAGCCUGUCAGGCACUGAAGCCAAGCGGCUCUUAACCUCCCAGCCACCUGGUGUCUUCCUGGUGCGAGAUUCCUCCGACCACCACCACCUCUUUACCCUGAGCGUCCGCACCAACACUGGCAUCACCAACCUGCGCAUCCAGCAACAAGGCCCAGCUUUUCACCUGGAGGCUCUGCCAGGGGCUGGCCAUCCUCCAACUUUCUGCUGUGUGGUCCAGUUGGUAGAACAUUAUCUCUGCCUGGGGGCUGUUGAAGGGGGCCCAUGCUAUCUGGAGAGAGAAGGGCAGCCGCCAGUGCCUUUGGCCCUCACCCAUCCACUUCGAUGCAAGGUGCCCACUCUCCAGGAGUUGUGCCGCCGGGCUGUGCGAGCCAGUGUCCGGGGCAGAGGGGACACCAGGGCUCGGUUGCAAGGGCUACCUGUGCCCCAGGGAUUAUUGAACUCACUAUGCAGCUGAAAGGGACAGAGGGUAUAUCAAGGGAGGAGGACAGGGAGAAAGCCUCUUUAAGGCCUUGUAAUGAGGGCGGGGUCUUUCCUUCCAGACAUUCCCUCUUCAAUACAAGGUCAGAACUGGAAGCCCAACAGUGUGUCUGUUGACUGUUUUUCGAGGAAUAAAGCAACUGGGAUAUUCAGAA